CAAGAUGUGGGGCUUUGUGCGGGGCAAUGACGAGAUUAGCAUUGGGACCCCCGACUUUUUGCUCGAAAGAGGGAGGCGACAUGAGCUAGUAUCAGCGUUGGGGCAGGCGGGGGCUGUGGAGGGAUAAGCAGGUGGAGACACUGGCUGUGCUCGGGGUACUUUUGAUGCGCCAGAAGGCAACCCCGCUAGAGACUAGUUCUGCGAAUUGGUGGCGGAAAGCAAAUAGGCGUGACUGCAGUUGAGCGUUGGCAUUUGAAGGAAGAGCGUGAGGGGAAAAGCGCUACCUGCUGCCUUUCUAACAUCUCCGCAGAAUCUGCCCCCAACCAACAAAUCCCCAACCUUGGGUCCCCCAAACUACCCACUCGUCUCCGCCCCGCACCCUCGUCAAGAAGUCUGCUGUCUAGGAAUAUUGCCUAUUUGUGUUAAACUGGACGUGGGCUUCUAGCCUCCCUCCAGCUCAGUUCCACUCUUUCACUAAGAUGCUCAGUUGUAAUUCUCUGAACAUUACGUUCUUCUCAAGGUGUUCUAGCUAACCCAGUAGCUUAGAAGGUCUUUAUAUCUUCUUCCUUUUACUGGGGAAAGAGUACGUCAUUAUUCUUUACUAGGACAGCCCUAAAACUGCACUCGAUGACAUCGCUUUCCAACUCUUGGGCUUCUUCAUCACAUUGAUCUGCUCAGUGCCGUCAUUCAUCUUACUGAAACGUCUUUUUGGACUGUAUCGUUUUUCUAUUCAAACACCUCCAGUAGCUAUAUGUUGACCACUCGACGCAUUCCAAGUUCUUGGUUGGGCAUUCACUGUCUGGCAGUUUGGUUCUAAUCCUAGCUGUAUUUUCCAGAACUGUACUACAAAACUUUUCCUCCUGUUGUUCACGUAUCUGGGCUGUUUAGUUUUCCCUAACACAUUGCAUAUUUGGUUUGUAUGUACUUACGAUAUGUCUCUACCUUAUUUCUGUGUCUUGAAUUGUUUGGAGGACUUAAAUGGUCCCUUGUAUUAUGCUUUCUCUGGUUAUCAUAGGUGAAAGUGAUCUAUUGGUUCCUUUUUAUCAGUCAGGGACAACCUUUCUGAGUUGUGACUGAGGAAUUACUAAUUUAAUCAGCGGGAACAGUUAACACAAGGAAUUGAAGAAGGCCAUUGUAGUUGGGAGUAUAGUGCGUAAUGGAGAAAGGGUACAAGAUAAAUUUGGAGAACAGAUAGAGUCCAGAAUCUUAGCGGUCUCUGGAAGCCAGGGCAUUGUUAUUUAAGAAUGGAAGAGGAUACAGAUUUUAGGAUCAGGUUUAGUUCCUUGCGUUUCAUUACUGAUCAUGUUGGAUUUCAUGGCACUAUAAAAAGUUCACCAAGUGACUUUGUUGUUAUAGAGAUUGAUGAACAGGGACAGUUUGUUAAUAAGGCCACCAAUGAGCUGAUUAGUAAAGUACAACCUGAGCCAAAUAAUUUUGCCAAAAAGACAAAACUUGAUUUUCAAAAUUUAUCCUUUAAAGAGGGAAGGAACCAAGAAGUCAGUACUUUCACUGGGUGCUCUGAUGAUGACCACAAUGAUCAGUCUUCUUCAGAAAAGGAAGAUACUAUCAGUGACGGAACUUCCAAAAGUGAAGAAGGAAAAGUCGACGUUUUAGGCAACUUGUUAGAUGAAAAAACUAAUGAAUUACUGAAUCACUUUGCCUGCGAUAUAAAAGAGAAGUGGAAUUCUAAAACUGAGCUAAUUGGAUCAUCUCCUGAAUUCUCAUUGGGCAGAAUCCUUGACAAAAACCAGAGGGCUAUUUUGCAUAGUGCUGUUAGGCAGAAAUUCCCCUUUUUAAUAACUGUUGGUAAAAACAGUGAGAUUGUUGUAAAACCGAAUCUUGAGUUUAAGGAACUCUGUCACUUGGUAUCUGAAGAAGAAGCAUCGGACUUCUUUAAAUAUUUGGAUGCAAAGAAAGAAAAUUCCAAAUUUACCUUUAAACCUGAUACAAACAAAGACCACAGAAAAGCAGUCCAUCAUUUUGUCAACAAAAAGUUUGGAAACCUUGUAGAAACCAAAUCUUUCCCCGAAGUUAGUUAUAAUGCCGGUAAUCCAAAUGUAGUGAUUACAGUAAGAUUUCGGGAAAAAACACACAAGCACAGGAAAAGAUCUUUUUUUGAAUGCCGGGAUCAAAAAGUUAUAUACACAGCCUUUACCCUACGGAAAGAAAAUCUGGAAAUGUUUGAAGCACUUGGAUUUUUAGCUAUCAAACUUGGUGUGAUUCCUUCAGAUUUUAGUUAUGCAGGCCUAAAAGACAAGAAAGCCAUCACCUAUCAAGCAAUGGUUGUUAGAAAAGUGACUCCAGAAAGGUUGAAAAAUAUUGAAAAAGAAAUUGAAAAGAAAAGAAUGAAUGUGUUUAAUAUUCGAUCUGUAGAUGAUUCCCUUAGACUCGGUCAGCUCAAAGGAAAUCACUUUGAUAUUAUCAUCAGAAAUUUAAGAAGCCAAAUAAAUGACUCUGCAAACCUGAGAGAAAGAAUUUUGGAGGCAAUAGAAAAUGUUAAGAAUAAAGGAUUUGUAAAUUACUAUGGGCCGCAGAGAUUUGGGAUGGGAAGGAAAGUUCACACCGACCAGAUUGGACUGGCUUUGCUGAAGAGUAAAAUGGUGGAGGCUAUAAAAUUAUUUCUUACACCAGAAGAUCUGGAUGAUCCUGUAAAUAGAGCAAAGAAAUAUUUUCUUCAAACUGAGGAUGCUAAAGGCACACUUUCCUUGAUGCCUGAAUUCAAAGUUCGCGAGAGAGCACUAUUGGAGUCGUUGCAUCGCUUUGGCAUGACGGAGGAGGGUUGUAUCCAGGCAUGGUUUUCUUUUCCCCACUCAAUGCGCAUAUUCUACGUUCAUGCAUAUAGCAGCAAAAUUUGGAAUGAGGCAGUAUCUUACAGACUUGCAACCUAUGGAUCAAGAGUAGUAGAGGGUGAUUUGGUCUGUUUGGAUGAAGAUAUUGAUGAACAUUUCCCAAAUAGUAAAGUUCAUCUAGUAACUGAGGAAGAGGAAUCAGCUGACACGUAUGCAAUACAUCAGGUGGUUCUUCCAGUGCUUGGAUAUAAUAUUCAGUACCCAAGGAACAAAGUUGGGCAGUGGUACCAGGAAGUACUUAGCAGAGAUGGACUACAGACAUGUAGGUUUAAAGUACCAACUCUGAAACUCAAUGUUCCAGGAUGCUAUAGACAGAUACUGAAACAUCCCCGUAAUGUCUCAUACCAACUAAUGGAAGAACAUGAUACUGAUGUCAAAACUGAAGGUUCUCACAUUGAUGAAGCAAGUUUAUCUCUUUUGAUCUCUUUUGAUCUUGAUGCUUCAUGUUAUGCAACAGUCUGUCUGAGGGAGAUAAUGAAGCAUGACUUUUAGAACCACUACCCUUGAUAUAACCAUAUAUAUGCCACUCUUUAAAAGGAAGGAAGCUAAAAUUUCCUGUGCACCUUCCAUGUGCUAGGAGCCUUAUAAUUUUUAUCUCCUGUGAUUACAAAACAUCCUGCUGGAAGUAGGAGUUUGGUGCUGAUGUUCUAGAGGACUUAUAGCUAGUAAGUAGCAGGAUCUGGAUUUAAGACCCUAAAGCCCAUGUUCUUUCUAUUAUCUAAUAUAUCAGUGAUGUUUAUUCUGUUGCUAUAAAAUUUAUAAUCUUUCUUGACUAUUCAAAACAAAUAAUAUGGCAAGAUAACAUGGAGGAAAAAAACAUGUUUGAAGUAAUGUUUAUAUCCCCUAGCUCCUUGCUUAGAAUGUAGAUGAAACUAGAUUGUAAUAUGGUUGGAGAGAAAGAGAAAUGAAGCAUUUUGUUAAUUAUUAUCAUCAUUCUUUUCUGUUUUUGAAAUUAUUGAUCAGAAUAACACAUUAGGGAAAUAUAAUCCCUAUGUUUAUGAUAGCUACCCCAGGGUAGCUUACCCCUUUAUGAGAUAACUUAUCUUCAGUGAAGAUUGAAAUAAAAUUUUUCAUACAAUUUCUUUAUCUCAG